AUGUCGCCGGCGGCCCUCACUCCCGAGCCAUCUUUUCAGGUUCGACCGAUCAUCAAGCGCAAGGAUCAGAAGUUCAACUUCGGCGCUGUCGUGGAGGGCCUAGAUCUCAACCAUAUUUCCGAUGACGAUGUCAAGCGGUUAAAAGAGACAAUAUGGACGCACAAGGUCAUUGUUGUCAAGGGCCAGAAAGACCUUACUCCCGAGAAACAUUGGGAGCUUGUCACCCGCUUCGAUCCGGACGCUUCUCAGGUGCAUAGCCACGGAAAUCUGGAAACUUUCCAGAAGAAAGGCGGCAUGCUCUCUAAAGCUCGCGACGUCUAUGGCAUCCCUGGAGCCGAAAAUGUGCGCCUGGUUGGUAAAGGUUUUCAAGGUGAGGACCACUAUGGGCUAAAGAAUCUCAACGUCAAAGGGUUAUCGAACGACUUCCACGCCGACCCGCCAGAUGACAAGGACUUCCAUGAAGGCUUCACGCGCUUUCAGAGAUGGCACAUCGACGCGCCGCUGUACGCUCGCGAUCCAGCAUGGUUUACGACACUCCGAGCGGUCAAACUUCCCUCUGGGCCUGACGUGACGAUCCGGUGGGACGACGGGUCCGGGCUCAGCAUGCAAGCACCUCCUGGCCUUACCGCAUUCUUCAGCACGUCACAGCUGUAUGACAUGCUCAGCGAAGAGGAAAAGCAGCUUGCUGACCACAGCUGGGUCGAGUACGCUCCGUAUCCGUACAUGUGGAUUGAGAACUGCAAAGCGCCGUCCACAGGACUCGGCCUCAAGUCCGAGGGCAAAGAACAUACCAUCGAGGAGCUAGGCGAAUACGACGAGAAAGACAUCAAGAGGUAUCCCUGCGUCUGGAUCAACCCCGUGACAGGCGAGAAAGCCUUCCAAGUGCACGGCCUCGCCGCGCGAAAGCUCUUCCUCCGGUCUUCCGCGGACGAGCAAGCCCGAGUCGUCGACAAGGUCGAAGACAUCCGCGCGUUUCUGCACAACAUUCAAUCCCGCGUCCUCCGUCCCGAGUACAUCUGGUUGCCGGAGAUCCAGGAAGGCGACAUCGUCAUGUGGGACAACUACGGCCUGUUCCACACCGCGGUGGACUACCCGAUCAAGUACGGCCCUCGGUCCAUGCACCAGGCCAACAUCGGCGCGAGCAAGGGGCCCGUUGGACCUGUGCCCAUCCCUCUUGUCUGCUGA